AUGAAAAGGGCAAGUGUUGGAGAGAGGAAAGGCGACGGCGCCCUUUGGGCAACAUGUAGGUGGCUGUGCCAGUGGCGCUGGGGGAUUGUUAGAGGCACCCAAGGUGUUGCUAGAGGCAUCAAAGGCAUUGUUGGGACGCCUAAGAUGCUGUUAGAGGCGCCCAAGGAGAUGCAAGGCACUGCUAGAGGGGCUACUGGAGACACCCAAGGGGCUGCUAGGGCACCCAAGGCACUGCUAGAGGCGCCCAAGAAAAUGAGGAGGGAUUCGAUGAAGAGGGCUUCAAUCACAUGGUGUCCCAGGUGGAGGCUCCUUAAUGGAAAGGAGAAAGGUGGCUCAAGGCAGGGCGAUGAGACGGCAGUAGCGAGCGGUGUUGGUUUAGGCAGUACCGAAGCCGGUUGGGACCGCUGUGACCCCAAGGAAUUUGGAUCUAGUGAGUGGCGCUGGGGGAUUGUUAGAGGCACCCAAGGUGUUGCUAGAGGCAUCAAAGGCAUUGUUGGGACGCCUAAGAUGCUGUUAGAGGCGCCCAAGGAGAUGCAAGGCACUGCUAGAGGUGCCCAAGGGGCUGCUGGAGAAGCCUAA